GAUUUUCUUCUUUAGGACCUAAACCACCAAACAACGUACUCCUGUAUCCGCUCAGCCCAACUACCAUCUUGUUUACAUGGGAACGUCCCCUUCCACCAAAUGACUUCUUUAUUGACUACUUGGUGUCUGCUUCCAAUGUGAAUCUGGGUUUUUCUGUGCAAAAUGUCCUACCCCAAGGUGCUACCAGUAAUGCUAUACGUGGUCUUCAACCAGCUACUAGCUAUGACUUGAGCGUUCUUACCAAUAUUGAACCUGUUACAAGCAACUUCCCUGGAUUCACCGUUGUGCCGCCAACUGCUGUUGCUGGAACUGUGAAUAUUGGGGCUGUUACAGCUCAAGAACUGGAGGUACUCUGGUCGACUGAUGGCAUCGCUGCCGACUCCUUCAGGGUUCUUCUGUUCAGUGAGGAUGGCUUACAGCAAUAUGAACAAAGUGUCAAUGCUGGAACCACAUCUGUAUUAUUUGAGAACUUGACACCAGACACCCCGUACAUUGCUGUUGUUGAAGCAAUCGUUGGAGAUGUACUGACGAAUACAGAUCAAGCUUCUGUUGUUGGAUCAGAUGAAGCAACAACCAAUAGCCUACCAGGUACUAGCAGCGUUACUGUGGACAGCACAACUGGAAAUUCAGCAAUGCUCUCAUGGACUUUUAACCAGGCAGCUACAGACUACUUAAUCUCUUACAUCAGUGCCGAUGGUUCGCAUACUGGCUCAUUUAACCCAGAAGGGAAUGGCAACACAGCUGUUGUUGUGCCUGGUCUUCAACCACAGACAACAUACACAUUCUCAGUGCUAGGAACAGACGGCACAAAUACAUUUAACGUCGGAUCAGCUGUAGGUACAACAGGUUUGGAUACGACGGUAACAUUGGAUUCAGUUACAGAUAGCACGGUUACACUUUCCUGGACAGCGAUAGAUGGUAGUACUUUUUACCAGGUUUUAUUCAGGCCUACUGGCUCUACUCAACCGGAGCAACAAAUGAUAGUUUCUAAUGGACCACAAAACACCCAAACCACACUAACUGGACUCACACCAGCUACAAUGUAUGAUAUUCGAGUUGUGGCUUUCCCGGGUGGUGGACCAUUGGAAGUUGGAAGCAUCACGCCAACAACAGGUAUUCUGAAUGAGGUUAUUGUGGAUUCGGUAACACCAAACACAAUUGCUCUCCGCUGGACGAAUUUGCCAGACAACAUUAAUUAUGAGAUAACCUACACUGCACCAGAUGGAACACAACGAGUGGUUUCCUCAGGCACCAACCCCAACAUCAUCCUUACUGGACUUAUUCCUGCCACUCAGUAUGAUAUCUCAGUACGUUCAACAUCUAACCAAGGACAGCAAUCAGCCGUUGGUACCACUACUGCUACUACUGUUCAAACACAAGUUACAAUAACUGAAACAACUCCAAAUUCAAUCAGCGCAAGUUGGACAGAGAUAACAGACGCCUUGACAUACCGCAUAGACUUUGUCAGUGCCGAUGGCCUACACACUGGGUCUAUCAAUUCACCUGUACCGCCGGCAGUUAUUGAUAGUCUACAACCAGGUACAACGUACACAAUAACUGUUCUUGGUACUACAGUGGACGGACAGACCAUCCCAAUUGGUUCAGCUUCUGCUACAACAGGUAUUCUGAAUGAGGUUAUUGUGGAUUCGGUAACACCAAACACGAUAGCUCUCCGCUGGACAAAUUUGCCAGACAACAUAAAUUAUGAGAUAACCUACACUGCACCAGAUGGAACACAACAAGUGGUUUCCUCAGGCACCAGCCCCAACGUCAUCCUUACUGGACUUACUCCUGCCACUCAGUAUGAUAUCUCAGUACGUUCAACAUCUAACCAAGGACAGCAAUCAGCCAUUGGUACCACUACCGCUACUACAGUUCCAACACAAGUUACAAUAACUGAAACAACUCCAAAUUCAAUCAGCGCAAGUUGGACAGAGAUAACAGAUGCCUUGGCAUACCGCAUAGACUUUGUCAGUGCUGAUGGCCUACACACUGGAUCUAUCAAUUCACCUGUACCCCCGGCAGUUAUUGAUAGUCUACAACCAGGUACAACGUACACAAUAACUGUUCUUGGUACUACAGUGGACGGACAGACUAUCCCAAUUGGUUCAGCUUCUGCUACAAUAGGUAUUCUGAAUGAGGUUAUUGUGGAUUCGGUAACACCAAACACGAUAGCUCUUCGCUGGACAAAUUUGCCAGACAACAUAAAUUACGAGAUAACCUACACUGCACCAGGUGGAACACAACAAGUGGUUUCCUCAGGCACCAGCCCCAACGUCAUCCUUACUGGACUUACUCCUGCCACUCAGUAUGAUAUCUCAGUACGUUCAACAUCUAACCAAGGACAGCAAUCAGCCAUUGGUACCACUACCGCUACUACAGUUCCAACACAAGUUACAAUAACUGAAACAACUCCAAAUUCAAUCAGCGCAAGUUGGACAGAGAUAACAGAUGCCUUGGCAUACCGCAUAGACUUUGUCAGUGCUGAUGGCCUACACACUGGAUCUAUCAAUUCACCUGUACCCCCGGCAGUUAUUGAUAGUCUACAACCAGGUACAACGUACACAAUAACUGUUCUUGGUACUACAGUGGACGGACAGACUAUCCCAAUUGGUUCAGCUUCUGCUACAAUAGGUAUUCUGAAUGAGGUUAUUGUGGAUUCGGUAACACCAAACACGAUAGCUCUUCGCUGGACAAAUUUGCCAGACAACAUAAAUUACGAGAUAACCUACACUGCACCAGGUGGAACACAACAAGUGGUUUCCUCAGGCACCAGCCCCAACGUCAUCCUUACUGGACUUACUCCUGCCACUCAGUAUGAUAUCUCAGUACGUUCAACAUCUAACCAAGGACAGCAAUCAGCCAUUGGUACCACUACCGCUACUACAGUUCCAACACAAGUUACAAUAACUGAAACAACUCCAAAUUCAAUCAGCGCAAGUUGGACAGAGAUAACAGAUGCCUUGACAUACCGCAUAGACUUUGUCAGUGCUGAUGGCCUACACACUGGAUCUAUCAAUUCACCUGUACCCCCGGCAGUUAUUGAUAGUCUACAACCAGGUACAACGUACACAAUAACUGUUCUUGGUACUACAGUGGACGGACAGACCAUCCCAAUUGGUUCAGCUUCUGCUACAAUAGAUAUCAACGAAUGUUCUUCCGAACCAUGCAGAAAUGGAGGAACUUGUAUUGAUGGUGUCAACUCCUACACGUGUUCCUGUCGUGUAGGAUUUACUGGAACUAUUUGUGAUCUAGAUGUUGAUGAAUGUGCCCUCGAUUCCAGUCUCUGUGCCAACGGAAGAUGUGUAAACACUCUCGGUGGAUUACACACUUGUGUCUGCAAUAGUGGAUAUAUAUUGACCGAUUCAGAUUCAUGCACUGCUCUCUCCGGCACUGUCUUUACGAGUUCACUGCGGGUUGAGCUUACUGGGCAAACUCUUGAUGGUGUUGUGCUAACUUACACUAACUCGUUGACAAAUGUAUUAUCAGCCGAGUUCGUGGAAUAUGAAUCAACUUUCUGUUUCUUGUUUAGUGAGUACGUACAGGAUUCACUGCAAAACAGAAGGUAUCUUGGUGGCAGUUGUGAAGUGAUAGGGUUUCGCCAGGGCAGUGUAAUUGCCGACAUCAACUUUCAAGUGGCUGCAGCUAAUCAAAGUCUAGCUGAUGAUCUUGCGCUGGCUGUAGCUGACAUGUCUACUGACAUCCCUCAAAGUUUAUCAACGAAUGGACAAACUCUGAUGGCAUCCAUUACAGCAAACGUUCAAUGUGAUCAGUCAAAUUGUCGGAAUGGUGGGACCUGUACGACUGCUGGUCAGCAUUGCAAUUGCCCGUCCGGCUUUAGUGGAGCUUUCUGUCAAAAUGAUUCAAGUUCUCAAGGGCUCUCUCUUGCCGCCACUAUUGGCAUUGUGGCUGGGGUAACCGCUUUUGUUUUUGUCAUCAUAAGCUGUUUCUGCUGCAUAUUAAUCCUACAUUACAGACAGCAAAGUCAAGCAAGAAAAAUGAUGAUGGCUGAUGAGUAUAAUGACCACCCAGAUUACGGUUACCAUGAUGGGAGACGCCAAGCCAUCGAUCGCAUGCGAGUGAAUGGAGCAUCCGGUCAAUGGAACCCAAGAAUGGCAGGAGAUAGGCGUCAUUUUAGUACUCCCUAUGUCGUGGAUGGAGGAAACCCGGAGAGACGUGUGGAUAGAAAGGCAAUCGGUUAUUGAUUGAUAUGAUGACUUAUACCUUCG